AUGGACCACGAGAGAAAGCUCAAGAUGUGUUUGGUUUUGGCUGUGAUUUGCAGCCCUGUGCUCGGAGAUGAGUGGACGGCCGAUGUUGUAAAGUCCAUUGACGCUCUGGUGGGCUCCUGUGUUGUGCUGCCCUGUACAGUCAGUCAUCCUGGGACUUACCUGUCUACCUCCAGAAUCAGGGGCAUCUGGCAUCGAAAGGACAAAUGGAACGAGAUSUWCUACCAUGAGGACAACACAAAGAUCCUGGACAGCUUUAAGGGCCGAACCAAGUUGCUGGGAAACCUGGGUCAGAACAACUGCACCUUAGAAAUAGUUGAAGUUAAAGAUCAUGACAACGGCCCUUUCUGCUUCCGCAUUGAACUUGUACGAAAAGACAACAACCAACCCACUACAGAAAAGUUCUCCUUUGUUGAGAAAUGUGCUGAUAUCAAAAUGAUCCAUGACAAACCUAAACUCAAACUGGGUCCAAUAAAGACGGCCACUCCAGGCAAACCCUACAUCCUCACCUGCUCUGUUCACCACACCUGCCCCUCGCAUCGCCCUCAGAUUAAAUGGAGUCGGGAAAAUAAGGAUGAUGAAAUCACUGAAGUUCAUAAACUCAUUCAUUCAGGGAUCUGGGAAGCAGAGUCCAUCCUGUCCUUCGUUCCUGAGGAAAAGGAUGACGAAUCAGAGCUCAUCUGCACAGCAUCAUUUAAUGGAGGAAUGAAAUCAGAGGAAAAGUUCACACUUAAUGUAAAACGCAUAGAAAACUACAACCACAUCAUCAUUCCUGCUGUUGCUGUCACUGCCACUGCUGUGAUAUUUGGACUCUUCUGUGUUUUGAUGGUGAAGAAAUACAAGAAACGUAUUCAAGAGCUUCAAAGUCAAGAUGGCAGCAUGUGGAACAGGAUGUCUAGACUGUCUCGCCGGCUUCGACCUGGAGCCUCAGGACCAACUCCUUCUGAUCAAAGAAGAUCUAUUUGGAGCAGAUUUUCAAGGAGACCCCAAAGGAACCAGCAUGAUCAAAGUCCCAAUAAUGAAAACUCCUGUGGUGGACAGAAAACUAACAAACCUCGCUUCCCGUCUCCGAAGAGCCAACAAAAAUCCAACAAUUACAAACAGGACCUGGAUGACAACGACGACUACAUGAACACUGCAGACUUGAAUAUUUAUGGAAACGUGUGAAAAUGUAAAACGUGAUGAUCAAAGUAAAUAGCCAGUGUAAUUAUCAGCAUCCUUUGUUUCAGCAAACCGGUUGUAUUCUUUUGAUUUUUCUGAUUUAAUGAUGAAUUAAGGUACAUGCUUUACAUAUGCACAGAUUUAAGUCUUUAUAAUACCGGCUAAGCUAACAUAUGCUACGUUUACUGCACCCUCAUCAACUGUGGCAUCCCUGCCAAUAAAAAUGAAAGGGCCUGUGUGCUCACAGUGAUUAUUUGUAUAAAUCACAAAUGUAUCCAUUCAUCCAUGCAUACUGUGUUUCAGCCAAUGUUUGAUUUAUAACUAUGGCAAAUAUUUUCUACAUGCAAAUAAACCUUUUUAAA